AUGUCCAAGGCGCGAUCCGCAGCGUUGCUUGGACUCGUCGAGUCGGAGGACGAGGACUCAUCAGAGAUUCUGGAAUCCGCCGCACGCCCGAAGACAAUACAGAAAAUGCCUCCCGCCAAGAGAGGCAGACCCCCGGCUGCCGGCCGCAAACCUCUGGCAGAGAAGCCUUCCAACGUGCGGGAGAACAUGACCCAGGCCAAGGGCAAGAAGCGCUCAGCUCCCGACGACACCGACGCGCACCAACAAGACGACGACGACGCCUCCACUUUGGCGGCGAAGCCCAAAGGAGCCCGUGGCCGUCCGCGCGGCGUAAAGGCGGCAAAGAUCUCGGAUGAGCCUGGCGACGAUGCAUCAGAAAUGCCAGAGCCUGCCGCGCAACCCGCUAGGAGGGGCCGCAAGCCCAAGGCACAGGCUGUAACCCCGCCUGCCGAGACCGAAGUCCCGGAGACACAGCAGGUUGACCAUUUUGACGACCUUGAGGCCGAGCUCGAGAUCCCUGAGACGCAACAUAUCGGAACAUUCGACGACGGGCUCGAGGACGAGCAAUUUGAUGACCUGCCAGCUUAUGCCCAGCACAUUCCCUCCUCUGUUCAACGUCUGCCGCAUCCUAUCAUGCCAUUCAGUGCCAGUCGCUCAAUGCAGCAAGUUCCUUUCAGCGCAAGUCGGGCCCAACAUCACACCGUUCCCUUCAGCGCCAGCCGGCGGCCCAUGGCUUCCUCGACAUCAGAGCUCAACGAUCCGUCAUUACGCCGACGGAUUGGCGAGUUGACGCGCAAGUAUGAGAGUCUCGAGUUGAAAUAUCGCGACUUGAGAGAGCUGGGAGUCAAGGAAGCUGAGCGCAACUACGACAAGCUCAAGAAGCAAGGGGAGGAGCGCGCACAGACCGCCAACGAACUCAUUGAGACGCUGAGGGCACAGUUGGCUGCGCAGACUGAACUGGCCAAAGAGGGCGAGCGCCUGAAGCAGCAGCUAGAAGCAUGCGAAGACCGCGCAGCAGAGCUCCAGACCAAGGUCAGCGAAGUCACAGGCUCUCUCACCGCGGCAAAGACGGAAAUCAAGACGCUCUCCACCAGGCUGUCGGCAUCACGAGCUGCGGAGGCGGCAAAUGCAAAGGUCCCCAGCAGCGCCAUCAAGGGCAACACUGCCAACAACCGUAUGCUCGCCAAUGCCGAGGCGGCUGUCCAGUCGGCCCAGAUGAAAGAAGACCUCUAUGCCGACUUGACUGGCCUCAUAGUCCGCGGGUUCAAGAGAGAAAACGACGACGACGUGUAUGACUGUCUCCAGACUGGGAGAAAUGGAACACUGCAUUUCAAGCUCAUCCUUUUCCGCGAGGAGAAAACAGAUGACCUGGACGAGGUUCAAGUCAUGUAUCUGCCUCAGCUCGACGAGAGCCGCGACAAGGAUCUGCUGGAAAUAUUGCCCGACUACUUGACGGAGGAAAUUACUUUCCCAAGGCCACACGCGGCAAAGUUCUACUCCCGCGUCAUGAAGUUCCUGACCGAAAGGCUGGACUAG